AUGGUUGAUUACGUGCUUCUGGAGGUGAUCAACCACGGUUCCUUCGGCGUCGUGUACAAAGCCCGCGACAAGGCGACCGGCGAGAUAGUGGCGAUCAAGGAGGAGCUUCGCGGCCUCAGCGACUCGACCAAAAUGGAAAUCCAAAUCCUUGACUCCCUCGAGACCCACCCGAACAUCGUCGAGUUCAAGAAGGUUGUGCUGGACGGGAGCGACAUCUACGUCGUGAUGGAGCACGUCGAAUCCGACCUUGUAAAGCUAAGGGAGGAAUUGGGAAAACCCUUCCCGCCAAAAUUGGUCAAAACCCUAAUUUUCGAGAUACUGAAGGGCGUGGCGUUCCUCCACGAGAACGAGGUGAUGCAUAGGGAUCUCAAGCCGGCCAACGUGCUCUAUGGGGGAGAGGGGAGGGUCAAGAUCUGCGAUUUUGGGCUCUCAGCCCGGGUUGGGUCCUUGUGGGGCCGGGGAGUGGGGACCAGGAUUUACAAGGCCCCUGAGAGUCUUGUGGAGUGGGAAGGGUGUACGGGUAAGGUCGAUAUCUGGUCAGUGGGGUGCAUGAUGGCGGAGUUUGUGUUGGAUGCGCCACUCUUUCAGGGGCGGUCAGAUGAUCAUCAACUUGAGUGCAUACGGGUGGGGCUCUGGGGCCUGACCAACGUGAUAGGUGCGGUGAUGUCAGAUACGAGGCUCGGGGAAUCGGGAUUGGAUCUGCUUAAGAGGCUUCUCGCGUACUACCCGUGGGAUAGGAUAUCAGCUAGAGAGGCUCUCAAUCAUCCUUGA